GUCAUAGCACAUGUCAUCUCAUAUCGUGCAUGUAUACCAUGUAUGUUCCUGCCAUGAUUCUGUGGAGUUUAGAACAGGGAAUGAGAACAACACAUGGCUUAUGCAACUCGCGACGCAUCUACACAGUCUUGGUGCAGGUUCAGAGGACUUACGCCAGCAAGCACAGCGAGAAAAAGCAAGCCAAGGCGUUUGUGGACUGGCGGCGUGUGAGCGUUGAAGGAGGGAGGGGGGGUAACGGCUGCUCCGCUUUCAUCCGUGAGUUCGCCCGGCCCUUUGGCGGGCCCGGAGGCGGGGACGGCGGGAACGGCGGGAACAUCGUCAUCAAAGCUGACAAGAGGGUGAAGUCCUUGGCUAAGGUGAAGAGUAUCUACAGGGGAGAGAGCGGUAAUCCGGGGCGCAAUAAUAGUUGUCACGGCAAGAACGCCUCCCAUACAGUCAUCCCAGUACCUGUGGGAACAUGUAUCAAGAAGGACGGCGAUGUUGUGAUAGAUCUGGAGAGAAACGGAGAGACAGUGGUUGUAGUACAUGGAGGACUAGGGGGUAAAGGCAACCAGUUCUUCUUAUCCAAUGAGGACAAAGCUCCUAUGUUGGCCACACCGGGUGAGCCUGGAGAGAAAUGUGUACUUGACCUGGAGCUGAGGACCAUCGCACAUGCAGGGCUGGUAGGGUUUCCUAACGCGGGGAAGUCUACGCUACUGCGAGCCAUCUCACGCGCUCAGCCAACCGUCGCAGCCUACCCCUUCACCACCCUCAAGCCCCACGUCGGGAUCAUCCAGUAUGAAGAUUUCGAGCAGGUAGCAGUCGCAGACAUCCCGGGGCUCGUACGCGGCGCUCACCUCAACAAGGGCCUCGGCCAUUCCUUUCUACGCCACAUCGAGCGCUGUCACUUUCUCCUGUUUGUUAUCGACCUGUCCGUCACGGAACCCUGGACACAGCUCGACCAUCUGAAACACGAGUUGGCGCUCUACCAGCCUGGUCUCUCUUCCCGCCCGCAUGCUGUAGUGGCAAAUAAGAUAGACCUACCCGGGACUUCAGAGAAACUUAGGUUAUUACAACAACACGUGGACACGCCGGUGAUGCCUAUUUCUGCAAAAGAAGGGCGGGGUGUCGGCAAGUUGAUAUGCAAAAUACGGGAGAUGUAUGAUGAGGAUAUGGCGGCACAGGUAGCACAUCAGAAAGGAGAAAAGGAGAACCAAUCUGGGACGAAGUUCCUCAAGUUGUGACAUUUACAUCUCUGUAUACAUCUCUCCACUAGAAAGAAUGACUUUUAAAACAAUUUUUAUUGUAAGACCACCCCCGUCCCCCUUCCCUGAUGUAAUAUUUCCAACAAGUUGCAAAGUAGUGUAGUAAUAUUUCCAACAAGUUGCAAAGUAGUGGCAAAUAAGAUAGACUUGCCUGGGACUUCAGAGAAACUUAGGUUAUUACAACAACACGUGGACACGCCGGUGAUGCCUAUUUCUGCAAAAGAAGGGCGGGAUGUCGGCAAGUUGAUAUGCAAAAUAUGGGAGAUGUAUGAUGAGGAUAUGGCGGCACAGGUAGCACAUCAGAAAGGAGAAAAGGAGAACCAAGAUGGGAAGAAGUUCCUCAAGUUGUGACAUUUAUAUUUCUGUAUACAUCUCUCCACUGGAAAGAAUGACUUUUAAAACAAUUUUUAUUCAUAUUCAGAGCAUAAACAUAUCACAAGUACAUGUAUAAUAUACACAAGGUGUGUAGUAAAAGAAACAAGGACAUGUGUAAACAAGACAAACUGAUACAUGAACAUAAAAUCAAGUAAAAACAAGAGUUCAGAGAUCUCAAAGACAUGUAUUGUAUUGUAAGGUUGCCUACACAGAACUUAAUGUUAAUGCAUUCCACUCUGCAUUACUUCUUGUCGGAACAUACAUAUUUUGAAAUCCUAAGUUGAUAUGAAGGCAUACAAAUGUAACUAAUCUGUAGUUCUUUCCAGUGCAGGUAUUAGCUACUUAGUUUGUCCACCAGUUUAUUAAUCAUUUUUAUACAGUAUGCAGUUUUUGAGUGACAUCUGCUACAGAUCAAUCUUACUUCAUGGGGGGGGGGGUCCUUACUACAUCUUUAAUGGUGAUAUACAUGUAUAUAGAUAGCAAAUUUUUGAAGUAGAAAAAAAGAAUAUAGAUAGCAAAUCUUUGAAGUACAUCUGGCCCGAUGAUCUGGGUAUAAUUUGAUGAUCUACAAGGUGUUAGUAAUGCACCAAUAUAAUAAUGUCAUUCAAUGACAAG